AUGACCUUCAAUGACAGCUGCGUCUGGCGCGGAGAGGAGGGACUGAAGGUCACCCUGGAGGCGCCGCUCACGUUCAAAGGCAACCUCUUCCUGGAGGGCGAGCUGCGUGUGGAAGCUGCCGGCCCACCGAGGGCUCCCUGCGUGACGGUGCUGGGGACCCUGUCACUCCACGCCGCCCGCGCAGUCUUCGUCGGCUGUAGAAACGAGGCUGGACAUGGGGGCGCCGUGUACGUAGGGAAGGACUUCAUCCUCAGCCGCAGCCACCUCCAGAUUGAAAACUGCACUGCCAAAGAGAGCGGCGGCGGCGCUUAUGUCACCGGAUCCUUCCGGCAGAGCAACGCCAGCUCCGCGCGCUUCCAGAACUGCACUGCGGGGAACGAAGGCGGCGGCGCUUUUGUCGCCGGAUCCUUCCGGCAGAGCAACGGCAGCGCCGCACGCUUCCAGAAGUGCAUGGCGGGAGAGGACGGUGGCGGCCUCAAUGUUCAGAACCACCUGCUUCAGGAAGAUCGGAGCGCCCUCGAGGUGGAGAGCUGCGCAACUGCGAAUAAUGGCGGCGGCGCUUGUGUCUUCGGAUCCUUCUGGCAGAGCAACGGCAGCUCCGCGCGCUUCCAGAAUUGCAGGGCGGAACAUGAAGGUGGCGGCCUCAAUGUUCAGAACCACCUGCUUCAGGAAGCCAAGGGCACCCUCGAGGUGGAGAGCUGUGCAGCUGAGUUUUCGGGCGGCACUCAUGUCAUCGGAUGCUUUCGGCAGAGCAACGGCAGCUCCGCGCGCUUCCAGAACUGCACAGCGACAAAUGUUGGUGGCGGCCUCCAUGUUGGGCAGGAGCUGCUUCAAGAAGCCCAGAGCGCCCUCGAGGUGGAGAGCUGCGCUGCGAAUAAGGGCGGCGGCGCUGAUGUCUCCGGAUCCUUCCGGCAGAGCAAUGGGAGCUCCGCGCGCUUCCAGAACUGCAUGGCGAAAUCUGGCGGUGGAGGCUUCCACGUUGGGAAGGACAUCUCGCAGGACAACAGCUACCUUUCAGCGAGAGGCACUGCAGGGACCAGUGUACACCUCCAUGGAACCUUGCGCCAGUUGGGGCGUGCUGCAAAGUUCGAGGACCUUGUUGCCAGUCUGAGCAUCCGAUGUUCUGCUUGCCAUCCGUUAUGCUGCUUUGUUGUCGCUUGGCCUAUCAGCCGGUCGUACUGCGAACAGAUGCAACUCCUGCAGCUUCUCUGGCUUCAGUAG